AUGCAAUACGCCUCCGCGCUGUUAGAUCGGCCUCAAGAGCAUCCUAUCCGCUCUCUAGCCACCCUCUAUCUCCUCUGGAAGUCUCUGCUCCUACUCGUUGCAGCGUGCAGUCCAGGUCCAGGCUAUGACACCUCGGCCAGCCUUACACAACAGCCGCUUAGCUACGACAGAGAAUUGCCUUUGGCUCUUCGCUACAUCCUGACCAAGUUGACCAGAUGGGAUGCCCUGUACUUCGUCAAGAUCUCGACCCGAGGCUACCUGUUUGAACAGGAAUGGGCCUUUGGGUGGGGUUUCACGCGAAUCAUUUCAGCCUUCACAGCAGGGCCAGCCACAUCAAGCCACGACCUGUCCAUUCUGAUAUCUGGCAUCUGCUUUGGCAUUGCCACGACUUUCCGGAGCAAUGGUAUCCUGAAUGGACUGCUGUUACUCGAGGAAGCAUUCAGAACUGUAUAUAGAUUACGGGAUGGGCCGAGCCUGGCUACUGUUCGUCGCCUGAUGGCUACAGGAUUAGGUGGCAUGAGCGUUGGUGCUGGCUUCGUUGUGCCGCAGUACAUCGCAUAUAUUGAGUAUUGUAAGGGUCAGCAGUCUGUUGCAAGAAUCUGGUGUGAAGGCACUUUACCCAGCAUCUAUACAUUUGUCCAGGACCAUUACUGGAAUUGUGGCUUCUUUAGAUACUGGACAUUAUCCAAUGCGCCACUGUUUCUCCUCGCCGCACCCAUCCUUGUGAUCUUGAUAGCAUCCAGUCUUUGGGCCUUGAGCGUCGAACCCCAAACACCUGGACAGCCGCCGGCUCCAGGCGCGAAAGGGGUGGACAUAAACACCGGGGCAAGGCAGGUCCUACGCAAUCUAGCAGUCUCUCAACUGGUGUUGGUACUGCUUACAACAACCGCUGCCCACGUCCAAAUUAUCACAAGGAUAUCAUCAGCGUACCCUGUGUGGCUGUGGUAUGGGUCUGCAUCGUCAAUGGUAGGAGGAAACUUGUUGGGAGAGAAUUUUGUGAAGUUCAUGAUCAUAUAUGCUAUGAUACAAGGGGGACUGUUUGCCUCUUUUCUCCCUCCGGCCUAA